CCACAUGAAAAUUUGCAGGUAAAAAUGUAGCGUUUAUUUUGUUAACAUGUGUUUAGUUAAAACGUUUGUUUAAAAGUACAAAGAAGUCGACCUACUAAAUGGAAUAUAGGGAGUAAUUUAGGAUGGCGUAUCGACACAUCUGAUGACGUCUAGUCCUUUGUAACUAUGAAGUAUUUUCCCGGUCACUAUGACAACAGAAGCACCACACGUCAUGGGAGAUCCCCGUCUUACUCGAACUACUUACGUAAUUUCCGCUUCCGGUACGGAACCGAAGCGGGAUCCGUUAAAAAAGUCGCAAAAUACGUCGUCGCGCUGUUGGCUUGCAUACAACUACCACUGUUGCUAUAUUUUCACCGGGGCGGGGACAGAGGGAGGUUGGAGUACUCACCGGAACAGCCAGAAAGUGACGUUUUAACACGGAUGAUGUCUCGUGACGUGGGACGGUUAGAAGGCGCUACAUACGAUCGAACUCCACCCAUCAGAAUGAUGCAACCAAUGCAGAAUGUUGGGCUUCUAAGAAAGUUAACAAAUCAAGUUUACUCGCCGACUAAUUAUUCCGGUACAGAAAGUUUCGUAACAUCCAUAGACGCACCAACACAAGUGAAAUCUACCAUGCCAAGAUGUCCCAUGACACCACCAAAUCUAUUUGGGAGACUAGAGUUCAAAUUCAACACCACCCCUCCUUCAUUUGAACACACCACGCUUCACAAUCAGAACCUUCACCCUGGAGGUUCCUACUUUCCUGAGGGUUGCGUACCACGCCACAGAGUUGCAAUUAUAAUCCCCCACAGAUCAAGAGAGGUUCAUUUAAAAGCACUAAUGUGGCAUUUGCACCCAAUCUUGCAACGUCAACAAAUUUAUUACAAAGUUUACGUCAUACAACAGGCAUACAACCUGGCUUUUAACAAAGCAAAACUUAUGAACAUCGGAUACCUGGAAGCAAUGAAGGAAGAUCUUUAUGAUUGCGUUGUCUUCCAUGAUGUUGAUCUCCUUCCAGAGGAUGACAGACUCCUCUACCAUUGCACUGAUACCCCUAAACAUCUUUCAGUUGCCAUUGAUAAAUAUGGAUACAGGUUGCCAUACCCAUCUUUAUUUGGUGGGGUCACCAUGUUGAGUAAAGACCAGUUCCGCGACGUGAAUGGUUACUCGAAUAUGUUUUGGGGUUGGGGGGGUGAAGACGAUGACAUGUUUGCUCGUAUAUUCUCGAGGGGUUACACCAUAAAGAGACCUCCAUUUCACCAAGCUAAAUACAGGAUGAGUUACCACGAAAGAGAUAAAGGAAAUAAACUAAAUUUAUUGAGGUACGAGAUUUUAUCAAACACAGUGACAAGAAUGUUGCAUGAUGGAGUCAACAGCGUUAAAUACUCCAUUGUCAGUGUUCACCCAACACCUCUGUUCACUAACAUUACAGCAGACGUAGGUACUGCCAUCUUACAAUGCAAACCCAGGCUUUCAACUUGGAGCUGCGGAUUUGUGUUCUGGGUGUGCCAAAACCUAGGCCUUUCUUGUGGAAUGUUACAAUUCAAUUCAACUGAUGAUGGGACACUAAAUAUUCGCGACUUUGGUAUGCAAACCUAGUGGAGAAUUGUAAAUGUGUUUGGUGCUGAAAUUCUUACCUCGAAAAGAUGAGAUUUUUCUUAACACUGAUUGUGCAGCGGUCACCUUCAGACAAAAGAGGAAACAUUUCUACACUGUGCUAGUUUUAACAAGCAGUCCCAAAAAUCUGGGUAAAAAAUUACCGGAAAACACAAGAAUUUUAUUUGGUAGUUUUUUUAAAACUCAGUACUGUGUUACCCCACAAGUGCAAAUUGUUGUUUUUAUUCAAAACACCCUAAAUUCGUCUUAUGCAGUGUUUCUUUUACAAGUUAUAAGCCACACCCAUCUCAUUAUAAACCCAUUUGGAACCUCCAUUUACCCCACAUUUAUAAAUAACACCAUUAAUACACUAUACACUCAAAUAUUGAGGUAAUAGUCCACAUUAAACACAUACUAAACCUGCAACUUUUUACUGGCCCUUUCAGUUUAAAAUGUCAACAAACAAUAUUCCAACCUAGCCCAUUCAAAACUUUGGUUCAUCACCUUGUUAUGCUAUCAAGGUUUAACAUUUGGCAUCUCCCCAUUCUAUUUCCACACCAUGCAUUAUAAAUGUAUGCAUUAUCACUCUUCACAUAGCAGGUCAAAAUAGAAACCUAAAAUAUGUUUGGAAAUGGUGCCUUGGGAUUCUCCCCCUACAAAAUACGCAGUUUUCUUCCUACGCACCCCCCUGACCGGGAAUUCCCUAUAUUGCAACUUUUUCAAUUACCCCGUUUUUAAGGCGUAACUGUCUUUCGUAUUUUUCAUGAAUUUUUAGGCGAAAUGACGCAUUUUUGUCGUGAUGUCGUCAUAAAACGGUAUAUUAUGACGUCACUCGAUCGGAAAUUUGCUGAUGACGUCAUAAUCUCGUACUGUCUAACAUCCGUGUUAUUAUCUCGUAUUAGGAACUGUUCCGACUAACUGUGAAGGUUUUGCAAAGAAUUUUCACUUGCGAAAUUUAAGUUGAAUUAUAUUUUUAUUUAUAAA